UCCAAAAUUUAAUUGUUAUAAAAAAUACGGAAAUCUUACUUACUCUCUGGCUUCAAACUCUACAAAACUCUCCCAUCAGAUUCUUCACCAAAAACUCUCACACGGCAAAUUGCUGUUACAAUGGAUCGCACACAAAUUCUUCUAGUUGGGUUACCUAUCUUCCUUUUCUUCACAGACAUAAUUAACCUUUUCUCUCUUUCACCGCCUCCCAAAUCAUCUCACCACAAUCACAAUCACAAUCAUAUUCACCGAAUUCCUCAACCUCAACAACAACAACCGCUUCUUCAACAACCCCUUGAUUUUCCCACACAGAAACAGAGUAGCAUUGGCCCAAUUGGCGUUGGAAACACUGUCAGCAUUGAUUUCUGCACUUCCUGUUCUUACAAGGGAACUGCAGUAACAGUGAAAAACAUGCUGGAAUCUUUAUUUCCUGGGAUUAAUGUUGUUUUGGCUAACUAUCCGCCUCCACUUCCAAAGCGUGUUCUUAGCAAAGUAAUACCAGUGGUGCAAACUGGAGUUAUUAUAGCUUUAACCGCUGGUGACCAGAUAUUCCCAAGACUGGGAGUGACACCACCACCAUUGUACUACUCCCUGCGUGCCAAUAAGUUUAGAAGUAUCGCAAGCACUUGGCUUCUUGCAAAUUUUGCCCAAUCCUUCUUACAGAGUUCUGGUGCUUUCGAAGUUUAUUGCAAUGGCGAAUUGAUUUUCUCCAAGCUGAAGGAGAACAGAUUUCCUGGUGAAUUUGAGUUGAAGGAACUUGUUGGCAGAAGAAUAGCUAACACACACGUGAUUUGAAACAGAGGAAAUAGACAAUACAGAAAUCAAUUUUUUAUUUAGUUUGUGUAAUUUGUUAUGUACACUGUUAGGUAAGGAAUUGAAUACUGAUCAUGCAUUGGUUUUACACUUUUUUGUUUUGAAGCCUCUCUUUCUUUCUAAUGAUAACUUUUUAUCAUAGAGUAAUGAUAUAUGGCAUUAUUUCUCCAUUGACAAACACAAAGAAACUAAACUUUGGUGCUUCCAAUUGAGUUU